AUGGGAGAUAUUGUUGUGUCAAAGAUAAAGGAAGGAGGAGGAUCUUCUAAGAUAAGUUGUCCUGUUCUUACGGAAACAAACUAUGCGGUGUGGAUGAUAAGGAUCAGAUUAGUGUUGAAGAUAAACAAAGUAUGGGAUCUGGUGGAGAAAGAAUCAGAUGAUAGUGAAAAGAAGGACCUAGUCACAGCCCUAAUAUUUCAGGCACAACCUGAGACGCUUGUAUUACAAUUGGGUAACUUAGAGACUGCGAAGGCAGUUUGGGAUGCGAUCAAGGAACGAUACUUAAGAGCUGAUCUAGUUCGAGAAGCAAGAUUGCAAACACUAGCAUCUGAUCUCGAAAGAUUGAAGAUGAAAGACAAAGACACCAUUGAUGAUAUUGCGGGGAAAUUGACCGAGCUGUCAUCGAAAGCAACAACUUUAGGAGAACCCAUUGAGGAACAUAAGCUUAUAAAGAAAUAUAUGUCUUGCCUCCCACAAAAGAAAUACAUUCAACUUGUUGCAACAGUUGAGCAAUUUGUCGAUCUCAAGACCACAAAGUUUGAGAAUAUCGUUGGGAGAUUUAAAGCUUAUGAGGAGAGAGUUAAAGACGAAGAAGAAGAAGAAACUCAGAGCAAGCUCAUGUAUGCAAGCAACGAAACUCAACCUCAACCUCAACACACUCACCCUACCGCAAACACCAACAACCGUGAUUAUAACAGUAACUUCAGAGGUCGUGGUCGAGGAAACCGGUCUUACAAUAGAGGAAGAGGCAGAGGAAGGUAUAAUGACAUAUAUCAAGAUCGGUACCAGGACAGUUUUGACAUGUCUAAGAUUAUGUGUUUCCGUUGUGAUAAAAUGGGACACUUUGCCUCAGUGUGUCCUGAUCGUCUCUUAAAGCUACAAGAGGCGACUGAAACAAAAGACAAUGAUACUACGGAAGCAGAGGAGCUAAUGGUUCAUGAGGUAGUAUACCUUAACUAA